AUGAACGUCUACCACCCCAGCGCCCUCAGCGGCGCCACGGCAUCCAGCGCCGCCGCGGCCCACCUGCGCUCAAAGCAGGCGCUCAUGGAGCUGCUGCGCGCCCGCGCCCUCGACAAGGCGGCGCACGCCCGCCAGAGGACGCUGCAGGCGCGCGCGGCCGCGCUACUGCGCGCGCAGCGGGCGGGCGGGGCAGGUGUGGUCUGA